CUACUACUUACAGAUAAUUCAUCUUUGACAAGGUCAACAACAACAUCAACAUCUUUGAAAAGUAUUACAGUAGUAAAUGGUCUAUUCCCCUGAUAUAUAUAGUACUGCAGCAAGUGUAGAGAUCAACAUCGUGCUACACCAGUGAAACCAGCCUAGAGGGGCAAUCCCAUGAAACCCUAGAGGGACAAUCACUGAAUGGCAAACCCGGACAGCUGCUCUAAUGAAUAUCGAAGUCGACACGAUUGAUGGUUUCCAAGGGAUGGAGAAUGACUUGAUCCUUUUUUCGGCCACUAGAUCCAAUCCCCAUGGAAGCGUGGGCUUUUUAGCAGAUCCGAGACGAAUGAAUGUAAUGCUGACACGUGCGAAAAAAUCCCUCGUGAUUUUCGCUGAUGGUACAACCCUGGAAAAAUCGGGGUCGCCCUAUUGGGAAGCCUGGCUGAAGUGGGCUCGCCAGAACGCUGCAAUAUCCGGGGACGACUUUCCGGAGAGUAGAAGAAGCGAGCAGAACAAGGAUUUUGAAGAUACAGGAACUAGUGGAGGCUCAACAUGGCGAAGGCGCGUGGAUUCUAGUAAUCAGUCGCAGAAGCGCUUGGCUCAGGAUUCUAGUGGCGUGCACCCUCACCCCCGGAGUUCCUACAAAUAUCUGCGUAAAGAUAAAGGGCAUUUAGAGGCGCGCAACUAUUUGUAGCUUGUAAAGACUACAACGUGUUCUGCAGAAGUUGGUCUUCCAUAGUCUACUUCUACAUUCAUACAUGAAGAAAUGAAGAAUAUCGAUAUUUAUAUAUAGCGAUACGUAGAGGCGGAGGACAUGAUGUUGAUUUCCGUUGGUUGUCUUUGUUGGUGAUACAGUUGCAACAGAACAGAUAUAGAUAGCGAAGAUAUACCUAAUGAUAGCGCGACAAAAGACACUGAGUGGCGAUUUGGACACUCACAACAAUGGAGAGAACAAGCGAAGAAUGAAUGCUGUUGAACACGAGGAUGUUUCUAAGUAACUGCGCACCGUUUGUUUCCCACGCAAAAUAACGAAUUGGAUGGUGUAAGUAAUUUUCACUGGUUAUUGCUUGCUCCUUUGAGGAUGUGAUAAUGCUGUAUGCUCAUGUUUCUCGGCAUGCAAGCAUCGGCAUGCAUUUGAAUUAUCGAUGUGUAUUAUGGACCUUCAGUGACAGUGUCCGUUUGGAAUGACGGAGAAAA